CUGUCUCAAACCACGCGGAUACGUCAUGGCGCUUCCCGGACUGUCGUAAAUGUUUUGAAUUUAGAGUCUUCCAGACUCUGAUCACUUUAAAGAAAGAUAGGAAUAAGAAGAAUACAUGGUCAGUGGUUGAUCUCCCGCCUGUUGUCUCGCUGGCAGCAGCGGUCGGUGUGUUUCCGUGUGUGUUUGUGUGUGGUGUGUGUGUGUGUGUGUGUGUGUGUGUGUGUGAGGGACCCGGAGCAUCAUGUUCGUGCUGGUGGAGAUGGUGGACACUGUCCGGAUCUGUCCCUGGGACUUCCACCGGCAGCUGAACGACGCUAUAGCCGAGGAGCUCAACAAGAAGCUGGCCAACAAGGUGGUCUACAACGUGGGUCUCUGCAUCUGCCUGUACGACAUCACUAAACUGGAGGACUCCUACAUAUUUCCAGGGGACGGCGCGUCACACACCAAAGUUCAUUUCAGGUAUGUCGUUUUUCACCCCUUCCUCGAUGAGAUCCUCAUCGGCAAGAUCAAGUACUGCAGUCAGGAGGGAGUCCACGUGACGAUGGGUUUCUUCGAUGACAUCCUGAUACCUCCAGAGUCUCUCCAGCAGCCUGCCAAGUUCGACGAGGCCGAGCAGGUCUGGCUCUGGGAGUACGAGACGGACGAGGGCGCUCACGACCUCUACAUGGACCAGGGGGAGGAGAUCCGCUUCCGGGUGGCAGACGAAGUCUUCGUGGACACGUCCCCGACGGGCCCGGCCACCCCCGCCGCCGACGCCGCGACCGCGGCCGCCGCGCCGGGACAGUCGACGACAGCGCCGCCGGCGGAGGACGCCGCGGAGAAGAAGGAAGCGCCGUACACUCUGAUUGGGACCAUCUGCGAUCCGGGGCUGGGGCUGCUGUCAUGGUGGAACAGUUAGCGCCGCAUCAAAAGAACACAACAGAACGUUUGUAGGCGAUGAACAGAUACGACUGAUCACUGCCGAUCAGAAGCUGCAGCAGGAGGAACGCCGCUGAUGUUUGUGGCCUGGAUGUGGAGCUGCGUCGGAGUACCAGUGAUGGAUGGAAAAGUCACUCUGGGACACACAAGCAGACUUUUUUUUUUAAAAACAUAGUUUAUUAUAUUAUUAUUAUUAUGUGAGUGAUAAAAGAAGAACUCAUUAGCAUUCAGAACAUUUGGAAAGAUGUUUUCUCUUGUAGUUCAAAGAAAAAAGUGAAUUACUGCUGUAAUUAUUCAGUAGAUGAGUAAUCUAAUACAUGUUCAAUCCUGGCUGCUCUCUUCA